GUUCCUGCCCUGCGCGACACAGCCGUCGACACCCUCAUCGACUCCUAUUGGGAGCCUUCUUUCUGGGAGUACGGCCUCGUGCAGAUGGAGUUCAGAGAUUGCUCUACGCCUGUGGAGGAGGAACUGCUAGAUGCUCUGCUCGACAGCCCGAAGGCGCAGCAGACCGAGUCCCGCUCAAACAUGGACGCCACGCCCCAAGUGGCCAGCAGGAAGCGGAGCCACACCACCUUCGAGACAGUGAGGAGCAUCGACAAGCUGAACCCCAACAUUGUCAACAAUGUCGAGGAGGCAAACCCGCCCAACGUGGACAGCAACGAGCUGAUCGUCACAACCGGCGGAAACGACAAGUUCGAGCAGUGCGAGGUCACCGAGAACGCUAACCUGGAGGACGCCUCCCUGCAGGAGACCACUGAGGCACCGCCGGUGCAGCAGAUCGUCGAGAGCGACACCACAGUCCAGGAGUACCGCUUCGGGGACACAGCGGUGGAGCCCACAAGCGAGGUGGCGCUGCACAACGGCCUCGGCAUGGACCCGAAGGCCGCAGUAGCAUCGAGCGCCAACGCGGACAACAAAGAGCUGAAGGACACCACCUUCACGACUCUCGAAGCCGUUCCGCGUUGGCAAUACAGAAAUGACAGUGGAUUUUGGAAGGACUUCGCGGACGCCCGUGACAGUGCCAACUUAGACAAGAGGUAUCACAAGUUCCUUCAGCACCCUGGGAAGAGCAUCAUCACGAUAUGGUUGUUCAACUCGGACGGCAUGGAGGUAGAUUUCAGGGCCAUGGAGAUGUGGCCUAUUGUGAAAG